UGGACCUUAGAACUCACAACCUAGAGCUCAGCUAACCCAAAAAUACACCACAGAAGAAGAGUUUGACUUUGACAGAAGGGAAGAUAUUUCUGCAACAGAUAAAAUAUGAUAAGGUGGAUUGUGUUGCUGUCUGUGAGUCAACAUGUCAUCUCAGCAGCAUUUGAUUACAUUUAUGAAGAGCACACAUUUAUGGACCCGGAGGAUGUGUUGAGUGUGAGCAUUCCUCUGGAGGAGCCACAGCGUCCUCUAUUGGGGGCAACGUUGGUACUUCCGUGUUACUUUAAGGACCACACUGUCCCAGACCCAGGAGCGCCCACCACCGCUCCACUUGCUCAUCGAAUCAAAUGGAGCCACGUCACCAAAGAAAAAGUCACGACUAUCUUAGUGGCCUUGGAAGGACAGGUGCUUAUCACCGAGGGCUACCUGGACAGAGUUCAUCUGGUGGGCUACCCCAUGACUUCUACAGAUGCUAGCCUUAAGAUAUCUGAACUGCGGUCCAAUGACACAGGAGUAUACCGCUGUGAGGUUCAGCAUGGCAUCGAGGACAACCACGACAUCGUCCAUGUGCAGGUUCAAGGUAUGGUGUUCCACUACCGGGCCAUCAUUGGCCGCUACAGUUUGACUUUUGAAAAGGCUAAGGCAGUUUGCAUGCAGAACAGUGCAGUCAUGGCUUCACCGGAACAGCUUCAAGCAGCCUACGAUGAUGGCUUCCAUCAGUGUGACGCUGGCUGGCUCUCCGACCAGACCGUCAGGUACCCGAUUCGUGAUCCUCGUGUGAACUGCUAUGGCGACAAAGAGGAGCUGCCUGGGGUCAGGACAUACGGAGUGAGAGACCUCAAUGAGACUUAUGACGUCUACUGCUUCACUGUGAAGAUGAUAGGGAGAGUUUUCUACGCUGCUUCUGCAGAAAAGUUCACCUUCUCUGAGGCUGAGGUUGCAUGCUCCAGUCAGGGAGCUAAGUUGGCCACUACUGGUCAGCUCUACCUGGCCUGGCAGGGUGGGAUGGAUGUCUGUAAUGCCGGCUGGCUGGCAGACCGGAGCGUCCGCUACCCUAUUAACAUCCGUCGGCCACAGUGUGGAGGGGGUCUGCUGGGGGUGCGAACUGUGUAUCUUUACACAAACCAGACAGGAUACCCACUUUCCGAGUCUCGCUACGAUGCCUUUUGCUACACAGAGUCCCCUGAUGAGGAAGGUUCAGGCAUCAUAGAAGAAGGAAGUGGUGUGCUGAGUGUUACUACGGUGACACUGAGCCCAGAGGUGUUCUUCAGGAGGACAACUACAGAGAGUGAGGUGGUUGGAGAGGUGGAAACUCAGCAGCCUACCUUAGUGGACUUCACAGAGAGCCCCACCCAGCUGCCACUACCUCAGCCGCCAAACGACACUCAGUUGGUCAUUGACCGGAUAGAACUGGCCACCGCCCGGCCCGACACACGUAGGGAACCCAGCAAAGGAUUUGUGAUGCCUCCUACUGGUGUAGUGUUCCAUUAUCGUUCAGGUUCCAGUCGCUAUGCUUUCACCUUUGUUGAGGCCCAGCUGGCCUGCCAAAGUGUUGGAGCCUCCAUCGCCACGCCAAAGCAGCUACAGGCAGCAUACCAAGCUGGAUAUCACCAGUGUGAUGCUGGAUGGUUACUGGACCAGACUGUAAGGUAUCCCAUUGUUUUUCCUCGAGAAAAGUGUGAUGGAGAUCUGGGGGAACUACCUGGAGUUCGGUCAUAUGGUUUAAGGCCAGGAGAUGAGAGAUAUGAUGUGUACUGUUACAUUGAUGAUAUCAAAGGGGAAGUUUUCCAUGUGGGUUCUGCUGAGGGUCUCAACUAUGAUGAAGCUUCUUCUAGCUGUCAAGAGCAGAACGCAGUACUAGCCUCCCCUGGAGAGCUGUACGCAGCCUGGAAAAUAGGUUUUGACAAGUGUCGCGCUGGCUGGCUAGUGGAUCGCAGUGUUCGUUAUCCCAUCAACAAACCCCGUAAUGGCUGUGGGGGAGGGAAAUCAGGAGUACACACUGUGCACUCUCACCACAACCAGACAGGCUUCCCUGAACUUGAUGCCAGGUUUGAUGCAUACUGUUUCAGAGCGGAUUUACUACAAAUUGCAAAUGAAACUGGACUGAACAUCACAGAUAUCGAAGCAGCCCUGCUUAACCUAACAUCAAUUACUGAUUUGUUGAGACCUGCUGGUCCUUCCAUUGUUGCUCCUAUUCCUGUGGAGACUUCUGGCUCUGGCUCUGGCUCUGGCUUCGCAGAAUUUGGCUCGGGGUCUGGCUCUGGCUCUGGCUUCGCAGACUUUGGCUCGGGGUCUGCGGUUGAUGGUGCCUCUGGUGGUCACUCAGGAGAUCUGUCUGGAUCUGGAGACCUGUCUGGUUCCGGAGAUCAUGUCACCUCUGGAGAAUCGUCUGGUUCUGGAGAAUUGUCUGGUUUUGGACAUGUGUCUGGUUCUGGAGACGUUUCUGGCUCUGGAGACUCAUCUGGCUCUGGAAAUUUUUCUGGGUCUGGAGACCUAUCCGGUUCUGGAGACCUAUCUGGUUCUGGAGACCUAUCUGGUACUGGAGACCUAUCCGGUUCUGGAAACCUGGCCAGCAGUGCCGAGCUGUCCAGUGGAGCAUCAGGUUUCAACAGUGCAGAUUCUUCUGGAUCAGCUCUCGGUGGUGAAGGAUCCGGCAUUACUGUUGUUUUUUCAGGAAUGGACAGCAUUGUCUCUGGAGAUGGCUCAGCUUCAGGAGGACCCCAAGAAGCUGGAGAGGGAAGCACAGGAAUCUUUAAAUUCCCUUCACCUGAAUCAGGCUCUGGAGUGCUCAGUGGUAGCGGGGAUCUGUCGGGAUCUGGUUUGAGCUCUGCGGAGAGUGGCUCUUCCAUAGACAGCUCUGGUGAAAGUGAACCGUUUUCUGGUAUGUCGUCCGGUUUCAUCACCGGCAAGGACUUUUCUGGGUUUAGUGGUUUCCCAUCAGGGUUCUCUUCUGGAAGUGCUAGUGGGCAGUCGGGAGAGUUUUCGGGAAGUGGAGACUCACAGAUCUUACUAAUAGAUGGAGAACUAAUCGAUGCAUCCAUCUCUACUACCCACAAGGAGUAUGAGCUUGGUGGAGGCCUACUGGCGUUCAGUGGCUCUGGAGACUUCUCAGGGUCUGGGAUUAUUAGUGGGGAUCUCAGUGGUUCAGCCUCUGGAAGUGGCUCUGGGUUGUUCUCCUCAGACGUGACCUUUAUUGGGUCAGGGUUCACCGACCUAACAGUGUCAUCCUCUGGAGAGCAGGAAGCCUCUGGUUUUUUACUGUACAGCUCUGGACAGGGAAGUGGUGAAAAUGUGUCCGGAUUUGGAAGCUCAAGUUUCAUCUCGGGUUCUGGAUCAGGAAUGUCUGGAUCUGAGUCCUCAACGAGCGGAGAAGAAAGCAGUGUUACAUUUUUAAGUGGGGAUUUUACAUCAGAGGUAUCCAGAGACACUACACUGUCUAUGGAACUUGUACACGGGUCAACGGAGUGCAGUGGAGAAGGAAGCAGUGGCAGCAGUGCUUUCUACUGUGGCAGUGGAGACAACCACUUGUCCACUGCCAGUGGCUCUUCUUCAGGAUCUUCAUCUGGGAAUCUGCCAACUAUGGUGCCACCCUCUCAAUCCAGUAACUGGGAACUGACAGAGAGCACCAUAAAGCCAGAAGAAGCCCAUGGUCUUGUGGAACCAACCCAACUCCCUGAUGACGUAUAUGGAACUCCAUACCCUGUACUCGCCCCCACAGGACUGGCUGCUCCUCCUACAGCAGCUACACCAACCUCUGUGCAGACACCAGGCUUUGUGAAAGGAACUGAUUCACUGGAGGGUUUGAACCCUUGUGACCCCAACCCCUGUGGUGCUAGUUUAUGCAUAGUAGAGGAUGGGGCUGCUGUCUGCCACGAUGAGCAGCACUGUGAAGACGGUUGGACUAAGUUUCAGGGGAACUGCUACCUACACUUCUCUGACAGAGAGUUGUGGCUGGAUGCAGAGCAGCGCUGUCGGGAGAAGAACGCCCACCUGGCCAGCAUCAUCACCCCAGAGGAGCAGGACUUUGUCAACUCAAACGGAAAAGCCUACCAGUGGAUCGGGCUGAAUGACAAGACAGUAGAGAAUGACUUCCGCUGGACAGAUGGCACUCCACUGCAAUACGAGAAUUGGAAGCUGAACCAGCCUGAUAAUUACUUCAACUCAUCAGAAGACUGUGUGGCGAUGAUCUGGUAUGACAACGGCCAGUGGAACGAUGUGCCAUGCAACUACCACCUACCGUUCACCUGCAAGAAAGGCCCCGUGUCUUGUGGCGCCCCGCCUGAGGUGGAGAAUUCCCAUAUGUUUGGUAACAAGAGGGAAGAAUACCCUGUCAACUCCAUCAUCCGCUAUCAGUGCAACCCAGGGUUUUCACAGCGCCAUCCUCCGGUUGUCCGAUGUAAGGCAGAUGGUCAGUGGGAGGAGCCCCAAGUGAAAUGUACUAAAGUGAAUGCCACAAAAAGAACACAGCCGAGCACCAGCAGGACGGCAUCUGAUGGCAGGCUUCACUAAAAGAAAAAGAAAAAAGAGGAGUUCAUUAUUUAAAAACAUUUGCAUCACAAAUCCAUUUUUUAUUUUAGUGAAGAUGAAUUGAAAGGGUAAAUAGUUCGAAGGCUACAUCAUGUUUUGAUCCCUUGUCCCUCAUAAUAUAUUUUAAUUAUAUAUAAUAUUUGUAUUGCUCUGAGUUUAUUUGCAUUGUGUGUUGUGAUUUAUUUUUGUGUGGUGAAUUUAUUGCUGGGAUACUUUGUUCCAUAAGUUUUAUCAAAGAUCACAUCUAUCUGGUUCACUGUCUGACUGUUGUAGAUGGUUGGUGAUGCAUCAAGAUUUGCUUUACAACUGGUUUAUGGUGUGAGACAUCAAAAAAGUGAUAUGUUGUACAGGUGCUUUUAAAGUUCCCCAACGGUUAUUAUCAGUCAUGCUCGUUCCUAGUAUAAUUAUGAAGAGUCAUUUUUUCCCAAAUCCUUCUUGUAAUACAGCUUGAAAACAAUCUCCCAGCGUGGAAAAGUCCAUUACAAAAACAGAGAAAACAUGAUAUUUUAAAACUGUUCAGAGGUAUACAUUUUGAAGAUGGAGGCUAUUGGGAUUGUUCAACACCGCUAACGUGUUUCACAUCUGGUCAAAGUUACCCUACAUAAAUGGAAUAUUCUGAUAUUAGAUAUUAAGACUGAUAUUAGCCCUAAAGAUAAGCACACUAUUCCCACAAACCGUAUAGUAAAACAUUUGUUUAGAGCAGAGACUUGUGGACAAUAUGAAUACAUGAUCUUUUAUUUAUCGUUUUCACAGUAACUGAGUCUCUGCUGGAACGAGCCAGUGUUUGUUGUUCAUCAUAUGAGACUACAGCAGCAUCAGCAACACACAGACAGGCUGAAUACACUACUGCUCAUAUUUAAUCUGUUGCGGAUUAUAUGAAACCUGCUUGUUAUUGCACAGUUUGUCAUGUUGGCUGUUUUGAGUAUUUUGUUUUCUGUGUUUUUAGUUUUCAUUAUAUCCCAAGAUGCUGUGCAGUGCAUAGUGUUGUGGAACAAUUGUCAGUAUAACGAACCUGCUAUCUAUUUCAUGUUUAUAACCUCAGAGGAAAUAACCUCACUGUAAACAUUUCAAUGUUAAAUGCCUGCUUUGUUUCACCUUUGACUGCUUUCAUUUGAGUGCUUGUUUAUGUCAUUAUUGCUGUAUCUGGGGGCUGUGCCUCCUGCAUACGUACUGUCUCCUGCUACAUGAUGAACCAAAGACUGAGAAUUCAAUUUACAAUAUGUACAUGCGUCUGUUGUAGUGUGUUAUAUUCACUGAUUUAAAAGAGAACUGUUAAUAAAAUACAACUCCAAAACCAACAGUGAAUGUAUCUACUAACACAUGUAAUGUGACUGUUUCAAGGUCUACUUUAUCUUCAAGUUUUGUGCCAAAUAGCUCCAUCAAAAACUAUUGAAAACACAUCAAUGAGCAACAAUGUUGAAGUGGGUGUUGACAUUUUUGUUUACAUUUUAUACAUGGUCAACUAACACCAGUAAUAUCAAUUAAAUUCUUUCAAACUCUAAAAUACUGUCGAUUUGAGGACAAUGCAGGUCAAACUGCAGCUAUGAAAACGGGUUCUCUGCACAAGGAACUGUAAUAGAAAAUAAAAAAUAAUAGAAGAGAACUAAAAUGUCUGAAUGUUUGUACUCACAUGUAUCUUUAACAAAUUAAAACUCUUUGGGUGUUA